ACCCCAAUACAUAAGCAAACAGAAAAAAGCAGUGGGCAGCAUGCAGCAGCAUCGGCCAAAGUAUAAGCUGCAAGAAAGAAAUUAGAACCUCCAACUCCCACUAUGGCCGCCUCUCGCUCUCUCUCUCCUUCCCACUUUUGCUCCUUUUUCUUCUUCUUCUUGCUCGUUCCAUUGCUUUCCCUGCUUUCUCUUCCAAUCCCGGUUCUCUGCCAGUGCAAAAGACCUCCGGUUAUCUUCAACUUCGGGGACUCCAACUCCGACACGGGUGGACUCGUCGCCGGGCUCGGUUUCCCUGUCAAUUUUCCCAACGGUCGUGCCUUCUUCCACCGGUCUACAGGCCGGUUGUCCGAUGGCCGGCUCCUGAUCGACCUCCUGUGCCAGAGUUUGAAUGCAACCUUCCUGAGCCCAUACCUAGACUCCUUGGGAGGAUCCAAGUUCUCAAAUGGGGCAAAUUUUGCAGUGGUGGGGUCCUCUACUCUCCCUCGUUAUGUCCCAUUUUCUUUGAAUAUUCAGGUCAUGCAGUUCCUUCAUUUUAAGGCUCGCUCCAUUGAACUUGCUGCCUCAGGUUCAGGGACUUUGAUCAAUGAUGAGUCAUUCCGGAAUGCACUUUACAUGAUUGAUAUGGGCCAAAAUGACAUGGCCAAUACAUUCUCCAAGAACCUAUCGUAUGCACAGGUUGUAAAAAGAAUUCCAUCAGUAAUUAGAGAAAUCCAGAAUGCUGUCAAGACCUUGUAUACUCAAGGUGGUCGGAACUUUUGGAUACAUAACACUGGGCCAUUGGGUUGCCUACCACAAAAGCUUUCAUUAGUUCAGAACAAGGAUUUGGAUCCGUAUGGAUGUCUUUCAAGUUAUAAUUCUGCUGCAAGAUUGUUUAAUGAAGGACUGCGUCAUUUGUGCCUAGAGAUGAGAUCUGAACUGAAGGAUGCUAGCAUAGUCUAUGUAGAUAUAUUUGCAAUCAAGUAUGAUCUCAUCGCCAACUCCACCAAAUACGGUUUCUCGAGUCCCCUAAUGGCAUGCUGCGGGCAUGGAGGUCCUCCAUACAAUUAUAAUAUCAAGGUGACAUGUGGUCAGCCUGGCUUUCAGGUCUGCAAUGAAGGAUCUAAACUCGUAAGUUGGGAUGGGAUCCAUUAUACUGAAGCUGCAAACACCUUUAUAUCCUCAAAAGUACUUUCCACAGCUUAUUCUACACCACGUGCUACGUUUGAUUUCUUUUGUCAUGGUUGACCACUUACUUGAGGAAAUAAUUAGUGCAUUUUCAUGUC